AUGGCCUUGUCCCAAUGCUACAGAGUAAAGCGCAACACGCAGACAAUCUUUGUCAAUACCGCCAACCCUAACGCAGACACAGUCUUGACGCUGAAGCAAAGGAUCAUCAAGGCGCUUUCAUCGACCAAGGAACGGGACGAGUCUGCGGCGGCUAUCACCCACCCGGCAGACAUUCAACUCUUUGAUUACAAGAACGCCAGCCGACCUGUUGAGCUGGUUGACACCAAGACUUUAACGAAUUCGGGACUUGUGGACCAUCAGGUCGUUGCUAUGGUCUUUAGGACUCCUUCUGGAGCGUGGGAGGAUGUUUAUAUUGCACCAAUGGAUUUGGCGGCAGACUUGGACGACUUGGAGGACGAACCUGAGGAAGUGGAGUAUAGGGCUUCCAAGGGCAAGGAGCGCGCAUAG